AUGUCGAUACCGGAGGUCAUUAAUGCCUUCGCUGGCUGGAACAUUACAGUCACUCCGGAGCAACUGAAAAAUCCCUCACCGGAUUUCGUCGAGGGCCUCUAUUGCGCCUGUCUGCAGCAGGCCACUGAUUUGACCCACGAAUCCCUGAGAGAGCCAUCUCAAAUAGCUUUGAAUGCAUCCCAAGUUGACGAAAAGGACCUGUACGAGACUGCAUUAGCUAGCAACAUCCUACUAUAUCAUCUAACACGAUUCGCCAAAGCCGCAAGAGUCGAUGAUUUCAAUGCACAAGAUGUGUUCGCUCCUCAACAGACUCGAACUAUGAUCUUGUUAUCGGCUUUUAUCAACUUUAUCAGGUUCACCGAACAAUUUUGUGAUACAUUUUUAAAAGACUUGAGGGAUCGCUCGGAUGCCAUUAUCAUCCAGCGAAAUAAUGCUGCAGUUCAACUUCGUGAUAUUCAAGGGCAAUACGACGAACUAAGUGCUCGGAUAGCUAAGGACAAACCAAUGUGUGAAAAGUUGAAUGCAGAAAACACCACAUUAUCCAGCACUAUGCUCAUGACGAAGGACGCGCAGACUAAGGCAGUUAGGGACGUGGAGCAGUAUAGAGCAGACAGAAACGAGCUUAUUAAUCGAAAGGAAAUUCUCAACUCAGAAAUCAAGACACUCGAAGAUUCGAUCCAAAGAACGCGUUCGCGAAUUGUACAAUCUCCUGAAAGGAUUAAAAAGACUAUUUCAAUUAUGUCCAACACCGCAAUGGAAGAUAAAAAGACUGUGGCCAUGCAAGAAGCUAAGUCUCGCGAUCUACAGGCAAAGAUCAAUGCACUUCAUAACAUUGAAAAGGACGUUCGCGGCUGCAUUGAACAAAUCCAAAGCAUUGAACGAGAGGUCCAAUCCCUAGAACUUUCUCAAAAAGCUCUAGGUGAACUUCGAUAUCACUUGGAAGAAAAGGUCAUCGAAAGAAACGAACUUCGAUCUAGACAGGAGCGCGUCAACGAUCAACUUGCCAAUGCUAAUCUUAAACUGGAACGUGCUAAAAAGCACGCAGAAGAAAAGAAAACGUCAACUCAAAAGACCAUUGUGCGUCUACAGCAGGAAUACAGUCAGAUGGUUAUUGAAAGAAGAGAAAACGACAAACAAAUUGAAGAAGUUCGUGAUGAAGCAAAUCAGGUGGAGGCAUCCAUGCACAAACACUUGAAGCAAAGUGAAGUAGAACUAAAUGAGCUCCUUGCUGAAUAUUGGAGACUUCGCCAUGAAACUGACGUUUACAUGGAAACACUUGCUAAUAAAUUAAACAUGCGAGUCGUUUCAGAGUGA